AUGGAUCCAUUUGCAUCCAUGAAUGUUCAAAGUUGCUUACCCAUCCGCAUGUUCGGAGUUUCCGACAAUUUUGCGUACUUGGUGUUCGUUACAGCGCAUUUGAUGUCGAAGAUGACAGAUGUUGGAUUGCGAGAGAUCUUAGGCUUGUUAAUCUUCCUCGCGGUGUCUAGCAUUCUAUUCAUAUUUAUUAGACUGGUUAUUGCCGCCUUAUUGAGCCAGCACUUGAUUGUACACAACCCUCACGUGAGACCAGAUUUCCUAGGCAGGCCUCUUAUGUUUCCAGCCAAGCUGUCUCAUGCACGCAGGUUUCCUGCAAUUGAACGAUACAACUACUGGUAUGACUACUUCAUGAUAGGGAUUCCAGUGGGGUUUCGCGGUCGGAUUGGAAACCUCAUCUCUAUUGACAAUCAGCCCACGUCGGAGAGCAUUCUGGAGAAAUGCUGGUUUACAAUCGACCCGGCUUACUAUCUUGAACCUGGGAGUGGUGACCGAACACUUGAAGAGAAGUUGCAUAUCUUCCUACAUAAUCUACGUCCCGCGGUUUUAUGGUGGCAGAAAAGCGCAAUCAGGUACUGGUACAUCUAUUCACCAACGCGAGAGUUGACUGCAAUGAUUAUGGAGAUUAACAACUCUUUUUACGAAAAGAGAAACAUUUUUUUCCGCUUGACUGAAGACGGCAUGCCUGUUGAUGAGACGCCACAUCUUCCAUCGACGAUUAUAGCCUCGGCCAAGGGGACCGGCGAGACGGUAUCUCUCUGCUCUCUCUCCCCUGCUUCGAAGAGAAAAUACUACAAAGGGUAUUGGGAUAAAGUAAUUUUUGAUUCUCCUUUCGAAAAGGUUGGAGGAUACAUGCUUGCAAAGACUGUGGACAUUCUCAGAGGGCCAUCCCUCCAGUCCACCUUGAGCUCCAACAACCCAGAUGGGCAGGUGAAAGUCACAAGUCGUCUCGCCUCUUGGGGUGAUCCCGUCAAUCCCUUGAUGGCUAGUGGUUGGGAUAUUGCUCGUUUUAUUGCUCGUUGGACACAUGUUGGAGCAUUGUCUGCGCCUCGCAUUGUCAAGGAAGCUUUGCGGGUCCGCUUUCGUGGCAAUCUGAAAUAUCUCCAGAGACCUGAGGUCCACCCUGGGACAAAUCCACGAGAGGAAACUAUUGUUGAGAGAUCUUUGGAAUUAUUCUUUCGAGAAUACCUGUCUCAACUCGCGGCUCAUUGUACAUUUCCAUUGUGCAUUGAGUACAUACCCCCAAGAUCGAUAAACUUCGAUCGCCUUACGUUCAACUCUCCUAUUCCCCCCACAUCCCACCCUAGACCCGUCCUGAAAAUCGAGACUUUGACACCACGUGCGUCCCCAAACUCGGACCCAGAUUCCCGCUACCUCAGCGUAUCCGAUCGCUCCCUCCUAGAUAAAAUUCUUGCUUCUUCAGGCUCCUCCAUAGAGGCGGGCUUUGAGAAAGCCAGAAAGCCCAAAUCAAACCACCAUACAGACCGAGAUGGGAUAGCAACAGCGCUUCUCAGAUUCAUAAUCUCAAAACUGCGCAGCUCUCCUCAGGAAACACUCAUCGAUCGAUUCGUCUUUCACGACCACGGUCGGUUUUCACCAUCCCAGCAAUGGACUUACCUGAUUAGUGUUUUACAUUAUCAUCUGUCGCUUUGCCUUCCCAUCGAGUCCCAAGCCAUUGUAAUGCUGGGUUUCAUCACUGCCCGUGCAAUAAUAGUUGACGGUCUAUUGAGCGCUUUCUACACCCUCUGGGCGCGGGAAGGUCUCGCAAACUGGGUUCGUGAUGAGGCGCGCAUGACUCCUGUUACGGGCGCGUUGGCGUUUGCGGGUUGGGACAUGCUCAACAACUAUAUCGGGCAUUAUUAUACUAAUCCAUUCGCAUGGGGGGAGGGUUUGUAA